AUGAACCUCCGCCGCCGCCUCUCACAGCUAAGAGUCAUGCAGCUGGACAUUCUACAGCCAGCUGGACAUUCUACAGCCAGCUGGACAUUCUACAGCCAGCUGGACAUUCUACAGCCAGCUGGACAUUCUACAGCCAGCUGGACAUUCCACAGCCAGCUGGACAUUCCACAGCCAGCUGGACAUUCUCAUGCCCACCUGUCCUCUGCUCUACGCUCAAACCCACCAUUCCUGUCCCACUCCUCCCAUUCCUGUCCCACUCCUCCCAUUCCUGUCCCACUCCUCCCAUUCCUGUCCCACUCCUCCCAUUCCUGUCCCACUCCUCCCAUUCCUGUCCCACUCCUCCCAUUCCUGUCCCACUCCUCCCAUUCCUGUCCCACUCCUCCCAUUUCUCGCCCUCAGAUGAACCUUCGCCGUCGCCUCGCACAGCUCAAGGUGAUGCAGCCGCAGCUGGACAUGCUGCAGAGCCAACUGUCCAUCCUCGUGCCCACCUUCCCCUGCCCCAAGGAGGAGCGCGUGGGCGUGUGGGCGGACGGCCGCAAGUGGCUAUGCAACAUGAAGACCUUUCUGCCAGAUAACCCUGUCGUGUACAGCAUAGGGUCAGGCGGGGAGUACUCCUUUGAAAAGGACAUGUUCUUCAAGUUCCCCCUCACGCGUCCGCUCACCUUCGACCCAUUCCUCGACCCCUCUCUCGCCUCCUCCAUGCAAGCCCUCUCCUUCCUCCGCCUCCUCCCCAUCGGCCUCGCCGGGGCCGGGGUGAUCGAGAGAGCGAGAGUGGACCGACCGGGAGUGCAGUUCAUGACUGUGGGGGAGGUCAUGGCUGCGAAUAAUCACUCCUAUGUGGAUGUUCUGAAGGUGGAUUGCGAUGGGUGUGAGGAGGGGUUGGUUUAUGAUAUUAAGCCAGGAAGGAGGGAGGGUGGGGGGGAAGGGGUGGGGGAUGGGAGUGGAGGAGGAGGGAGAGGAGAAGGGGGAGGAGGAGGGGAAGGGAGGGAGGAGGAGGUGUUGGAGGAGUUUAGCCGAGUGAAGCCGUUUGGGGACCCGGCGAUUGGUCAGAUACUCAUUGACUUGCACCAUGUCAAUAACCCCGGCAUCACCCUUCCAAUGGUGUACCACUUAGAGAGCGUGGGCUAUCUGCUGUACCACGUGGAGCCCAACGCUCAGCACCCCGACUGCUGCAUUGAGCUGGCAUUCAUUCACCAGUCGCUGCUGCAGCCCUGGGGCACGUCGCGCGGUGACUUUCAAAGAUGGAAGAAAGCAAGGGGGGAAUGA